AAGACAUUCAACGAAAAGACGAAGUUUCAGAUCAAUUUGCUAGUAUGUGACUGUACGAUGUUGUUGUUUCUUCCAAAGUAAAUAUUUUCAUUAAAAACUGCAUUAAAUUGUUAAGUUAAUAUUCGAUCACCGUUGACUGUUAAUGUAAAGUUGUAUUUUUAACGUAUUUACCAUUAAACCGUGUUCACCGUGAGGGCUGCCAUAUUGUUUUUGGAAUGGCUACGUGUGACGACAAGUUGAUAGUGUAAUAUUCGGAAAGUGUACAUGAAAAGAAUACUUUAAGGGACGGUUUGUUCGUCGAAGUCUAAUUUCGAUAAUAAACAAAGACUCAUUGGGAAUUUAUUAUGAAUGAGAGCGAACAAAAUGAAGAUGAGGCACUGGAGGAUGAUGUCGAAGUUGAUAGAGAAUCACAGCAGUAUAAAGACAAGGUAGAAGAAAUCAGGUGUUACCUGCCAACUAUACAAUCUCUGAUGAUAAGGUGCAACGAUGAAGAAGAAGAUUUAGUGAUUUCCCGCAAAACAUGUGUGAAAAAACUGUCUCAACUGAUGAAAACGUUCGUCAGCCCCAAAAAAAAGUUGGCAUAUUCCAGUAUGCUUAAGAUUGAAAGACUUUUGAAAAGCUUAACCUCAAAAAUGAAGCUUCAAUCGAGGAAGUCAAAUGGGUCUCCUGUGAACAAGUCGUCAAGUCCUCAACCGUCGACUUCACAAGACUGUACUUCAUCUACACCGAUUCCUAGUACAAGUAGAUGUGAUGUUUCUGUUUUUGGAGUAUCAUCACAAAAAUCUGAAAAAGUUAAAUUACCAGAAAAACUAGAGUCGGAUAAAGGUAACUCUAGUAAAUCUUCAUCCACAUCUCAAACAAGUAAUAAAAGUAGUAAAAGAAAAAAAUUAUCUAAUGAGGAAACGAGCACAUUUACAGAAAGUAAAUUUAAGAAAAAAAAUUCCUCAUUCAAGUCAUCCAAAAAAUUUGAAGAUACAACAAGAAAAACAAGUCAAGUGAGCAGCCUGGAUAAGGCCAAGAGAUUCAAAUUUGGAACUUCAGAGAAUUUAGAGUUCUCAUCUGGCCCACAAGAGUUUUUAAAUAGAUCCCUUACCCCUCGACCCGUUCCACGACAAUUUGCUCCAGUAUACCAGAGAGGUCCCACACACUCACCAAGGUUUCCUCAAAACCGAUUUCCUCAACCAAGGUAUCCGGAACCCAGAUAUUCUGGACCGAGAUAUUCUGCACCCAGGUAUCCUGACGUCCGGUAUCCUGAACCUAUGUAUGCCGAACCCAGGUAUACUAGACCCAGAUAUUCCUCUGACUCAAAAUACCCCGAAGUAAGGUUUCGUGAACCUUAUCAAUCCAGAUUUCCUGAUCCUAAAUCUGUGGAACGAAAAUUUACCACCUCUGGAAGAAAUAAAUACCCGCUGGAAAAACAUGGAGAUCUUAAGGCUCUAAGUAGCCAAGUGGACUUGAGGCACCAACAGAAAGCAAGAAGAAGGUCCUUGGAAACAAGGGAGGAACCAGUUUUGUUCAGCGAUGAACAUAUAAGAAUUGUUAGGAGACAAGCAACAGUAUCUCCUGAGAAUGAGGAAGAGAAAUCAAGCGCUGGAGAUGAGGACGUCGAAAAGCCAAAAAAAUCUCUUCAACAAAAAAGGAAAUUUGACGACGAAGAAGACAAGGAAGAGACAGGAUUUGAUACAGAAUGGGAAAAAAAUACAACUUUCUCCAAAAGAAGAGUUGGGACCUCUUUAUCGCCUGAUAUAAAUUUAGAUGCACUUGGCAAACAAGAUGGCAAUUAUCAAAAAGAUGAAGACACCAUCAAUUUGGAAAAAAGCAAAAGAAAACUUGAAGUUCUUAUGCAGAAUAGACUUGCAUCCAUGAAUGCUGGUAGAAUCUCUUGUACAAUAAGCAACAUCACAGACAAUAAUAGAAAUUUAGUGACGAAAGGAGCUGAAGAAACAUCUCCUUGCCCCUUGGCUGUAGAGACAGUGAGCCCAUUUAGCUCCACCUUAGAUGAAAUGAUGUCAAAUUUAAAUGCGAAAUAUAGAACAAACAGGUGUCAGUUAAAUAAAAACAAGGAAGUAGAAAAUGAGAAAACUAGUAACACUGUUAAAUCUGUCUAUAAUUGUGACAAAGCCAAUUUGUGCAAGAAAGACAAAGUCAAUGAUAAAAAUGAAAACUCUCAUUUAUCACUUGAAAACGCUCAACAAUCAAGAUCUCCUCCUCCUGUAUGUUCUCUUUUAACAGGUCCAAAUAAAGUAGUGCCUUUUCUAAAAGAUGAAGAUUAUGAUCCCGGAGUUACUAAGCUUCCUUGGGAUAAUAGCAAUGCUACGAAAUCUAAAAUUGAUCCAGAAGUGCCUAUUGCUUAUGAAAUGUGUGAUAAAGGGGAACCAACUGUAAGUUCUAAUGCUUCUCAGUGGCAACACUCUUCAAAACCAAACCUCGAACUUCCUGAUGUAAGCUUUUUAAGUAAAACCAAAGAUUUUGAAACAACCAAAGAUUUAGAGAUGAAAAAAGAUAAGGAAGAAGAAUCUGCCUUAAGCAUACCACUUCAUCAGAAAAAAGUAAGUGAUAGUACAAAAUCUGAUUUUAACACAGUUAAAAGUGUUAGAGAACAAUGUAAUGUAAAUAUCUUAUCAACGUUUGAAAAAUGUGACCCCACCAAACGCUUUGACGAUAAGAUUCAAGAUCCUAUAUUAAAUUCGCCUGGAAAAAACCUGCAGAGAAUUAGAUAAUUCUAAUCAACUUGUGAAUUUAAAAGGCAUAGAUGAUGUGAGUAAUAAGGAAAGUUUGAAAUUAAAUCAGAGUUUAAGAUCGAAGUUGUCAGAAGAAAUAACAACGUUACACAAGGUUGGUUCAUCUUACGGUGGAGCCCUACGAGGAUUAAUUAACCGAGACAAAAUGAUGCCC